UCUCUCAAAUUUCAAACUCUCUCAAACUCUCUCAACCUCCCACUUUUAGGAUACUCAACUCAAACCCAUCAGCAAAAUCAAAGGAAAAACUUUAGCUCACCAGAGAUCCCGACACCCAUACACGCAUCCUCUUUAAACCCAGAUCAGAGAGAGAGUAAGGGUUGGGGUUUGGAGAGAAUCGGGUGUAGAGAGAGACGCUUUUCAGACCCAAAUCAGAGAAGGUUAGGGUUUGGGUUUGUCCUCUUUAAACCCAGAUCAGAGAGAGAGUAAGGGUUGGGGUUUGGAGAGAAUCGGGUGUAGAGAGAGACAUUGAUGCUUUUCAGACCCAAAUCAGAGAAGGUUAGGGUUUGGGUUUGGAGAAAAUCGGGAAAGAGAGAGGUUGAUGAUCUUUCAGGUUUGAUCUAUGGAGGGAAAUGAGAUUGAGAGACAGAGAAAGAGAUUUUGGUCGAAGGAUAGAAGAAGCCACCAUCGGAGGUGGUGGUUGCGGUGAGCCAGCCUUGCCGAUUUGGUUCAGGCCCAAAUCAGAGAAGGUUAGGGUUUGGGUUUUGGGAAAAUCGGGAAAGAGAGAAGUUGAUGCUCAAUCUCCAUGGCUAUCGCUAGCAGCCACUGUGUUCCGCUCCACCAAUUCCGGCCGUGGUUCCGGUGAAGUUCCUCUAUCUCCCUCUUUGAUUUUUCCUUAUUUUAAUUUUCUCAACAAAAGGUCCCAUUGCUAUCUUUGGUUUGGUAACUCUUUGGAAUAAUGUGGAUAUCUUCUUUGAGAUUAUUGGUGGCGGAACUACUGCUCGUCUAAUGCUUGACUUGUGGCCAUCAUUGCAACUUGAAGGCUGGGAGAUUGAUGAAAUUUUGAUUGAGAAAUCGAGAGAAUAUCUUGGGCUUUCGGAUCUUGAGAAGCGCACUGUAGCUGGUGGCAUUCUUAAUGUUCAUAUUGGGGAUGCCCUUUCACAGUCAGUUAAUGCUUCUGGAGGGUUUGCUGACUGUGAGCAGAGUAACAUUAAGACUAAACAUGCCUUUACAGGGCUUCGAGUAACAAUUGAUUGCAAGCCAGAAAAUGGACACUUAAAGACAAGAGGGGUAGGGAAACUCGAUGAAGAAGGAAAGUUCAAAAUGUCUAUUCAUCGUAAGAUUGUAAAAGAUGGCAAACUGAAUGACGAAUGCUAUGCACAGCUUCACAGUGCAUUGGCUGCACCAUGUCCCGCACAUAAUGGCCUAGAGUCUUCAAAAGUAGUAUUGUGACAUUUGUUAUUGUAAGGAUUGUAAGGAUUGAAUUUUGAUUGUAAGGAUUGUGACAGUUGUUAUUGUAAGGAUUGAAUUUUGAUUGUAAGGAUUGUGAUUGUAAGGAUUGUGACAGUUGUCAUUGUUAAGGAUUGAAUUUUAAUUGUUAAGGAUUGUGAUAGUUGCUAUUGGUA